GGAGUGUGGGAAGAGCUUCAGCCAGAGCAGCACCCUGAUCCGCCACCAGAUGAUCCACACUGGGGAAUGGCCCUACAAGUGUGGGGAAUGUGGGAAGGGCUUCAGGUGCAGCUCUGAGCUCAUCACCCACCAACGCACCCACACCGGGGAGAGGCCGUACGAGUGUCCUGAGUGUCAGAAGGGGUUUCGGAUCAGCUCCCAUCUGAUCCUGCACCAGCGGAUUCACACAGAUGAGAGGCCCUUCUGCUGCCCUGACUGCGGGAAGGGCUUCAAGCAAAACUCACACCUUGUCACCCACCAACGCAUCCACACCAGGGAGAGGCCCUACGAGUGUCCUGAGUGUCAGAAGAGGUUUCACACCAGCUCCCAUCUCCUUCUGCAUGAGCGGAUUCACACAGAUGAGAGGCCCUUCCGCUGCCCUGACUGUGGGAAGGGCUUCAAGCAAAACUCCCACCUCAUCAGCCACCGCCGCAUCCACACUGGGGAGAAGCCCUACGAGUGUCCCGAGUGUGGGAAGAGCUUCUCCAGGAACUCUCACUUGACUGAACACCAACGGAGGCAUGAUGGGGAGAAGCCCUACAAGUGCUUGGAGUGUGGGAAGAGCUUCAGCCGGAGCUCCAACCUGAUCCGCCACCAGAUGAUCCACACUGGGGAAUGGCCCUACAAGUGUGGGGAAUGUGGGAAGGGCUUCAGCUGCAGCUCUGAGCUGAUCCGCCACCAGAUGAUCCACACUGGGGAAUGGCCCUACAAGUGUGGGGAAUGUGGGAAGGGCUUCAGGUGCAGCUCUGAGCUCAUCACCCACCAACGCACCCACACCGGGGAGAGGCCCUACGAGUGUCCUGAGUGUCAGAAGGGGUUUCGGAUCAGCUCCCAUCUGAUCCUGCACCAGCGGAUUCACACAGAUGAGAGGCCCUUCCGCUGCCCCGACUGUGGGAAGGGCUUCAAGCAAAACUCACACCUUGUCACCCACCAACGCAUCCACACCAGGGAGAGGCCCUACGAAUGCUCUGAGUGUCAGAAGAGUUUUCACACCAGCUCCCAUCUCCUUCUGCAUGAGCGGAUUCACACAGAUGAGAGGCCCUUCCGCUGCCCCGACUGCAGGAAGGACUUCAACCAGAGCUCGAAGCUGCUGGUGAAUGAGCAGUUUCAUGACAGGGAGAAGCCCUACAAGUGCUUGGAGUGUGGGAAGAGCUUCAGCCGGAGCUCCAACCUGAUCCGCCACCAGAUGAUCCACACUGGGGAAUGGCCCUACAAGUGUGGGGAAUGUGGGAAGGGCUUCAGCUGCAGCUCUGAGCUGAUCCGCCACCAGAUGAUUCACACUGGGGAACGACCCUACAAGUGUCCUGAGUGUCAGAAGAGGUUUCGGAUCAGCUCCCAUCUCAUCCUGCACCAGCGGAUUCACACAGAUGAGAGGCCCUUCCGCUGCCCCGACUGCAGGAAGGGCUUCAAGCAAAACUCCCACCUCAUCAGCCACCGCCGCAUCCACACCGGGGAGAAGCCCUACGUGUGUUCCCAGUGUGGGAAGAGCUUCUCCAGGAACUCUCACUUGACUGAACACCAACGGACACACCAGGGUGAACUGCCCUAUCUGUGCCAGGAAAGUGGACAAAGCUUCAGCCAGAUGUCGGAGCUGGUGGUGAAUGAGCAGCUUCGUGAUGGGGAGAAGCCCUACAAGUGCUUGGAGUGUGGGAAGAGCUUCAGCCGGAGCUCCAACCUGAUCCGCCACCAGAUGAUCCACACUGGGGAAUGGCCCUCCAAGUGUGGGGAAUGUGGGAAGGGCUUCAGGUGCAGCUCUGAGCUCAUCACCCACCAACGCACCCACACCGGGGAGAGGCCCUACGAGUGUCCUGAGUGUCAGAAGGGGUUUCGGAUCAGCUCCCAUCUGAUCCUGCACCAGCGGAUUCACACAGAUGAGAGGCCCUUCCGCUGCCCUGACUGCGGGAAGGGCUUCAAGCAAAACUCACACCUUGUCACCCACCAACGCAUCCACACCAGGGAGAGGCCCUACGAGUGCUCUGAAUGUCAGAAGAGGUUUCACACCAGCUCCCAUCUCCUUCUGCAUGAGCGGAUUCACACCGAGGAGAGGCCCUUCCGCUGCCCUGACUGUGGGAAGGGCUUCAAGCAAAACUCCCACCUCAUCAGCCACCGCCGCAUCCACACCGGGGAGAAGCCCUACGAGUGUCCCCAGUGUGGGAAGAGCUUCUCCAGGAACUCUCACUUGAUUGAACACCAACGGAGGCACCAAGGUGAGAAGCCCUACAAGUGCUUGGAGUGUGGGAAGAGCUUCAGCCAGAGCAGCACCCUGAUCCGCCACCAGAUGAUCCACACUGGGGAAUGGCCCUACAAGUGUGGGGAAUGUGGGAAGGGCUUCAGGUGCAGCUCUGAGCUCAUCACCCACCAACGCACCCACACCGGGGAGAGGCCCUACGAGUGUCCUGAGUGUCAGAAGGGGUUUCGGAUCAGCUCCCAUCUGAUCCUGCACCAGCGGAUUCACACAGAUGAGAGGCCCUUCCGCUGCCCCGACUGCGGGAAGGGCUUCAAGCAAAACUCACACCUUGUCACCCACCAACGCAUCCACACCAGGGAGAGGCCCUAUGAGUGCUCUGAGUGUCAGAAGAGGUUUCAGACCCGCUCCCAUCUCCUUCUGCAUGAGCGGAUUCACACAGAUGAGAGGCCCUUCCGCUGCCCUGACUGUGGGAAGGGCUUCAAGCAAAACUCCCACCUCAUCAGCCACCGCCGCAUCCACACCAGGGAGAAGCCCUACGAGUGUCCCCAAUGUGGGAAGAGCUUCUCCAGGAACUCUCACUUGACUGAACACCAACGGACACACCGGGGCGAGAGACCCAGUCUGUGCCAGGAAAGUGGACAAAGCUUCAGCCAGAUGUCGGAGCUGGUGGUGAAUGAGCAGCUUCGUGAUGGGGAGAAGCCCUACAAGUGCUUGGAGUGUGGGAAGAGCUUCAGCCGGAGCUCCAACCUGAUCCGCCACCAGAUGAUCCACACUGGGGAAUGGCCCUACAAGUGUGGGGAAUGUGGGAAGGGCUUCAGCUGCAGCUCUGAGCUCAUCACCCACCAACGCACCCACACCGGGGAGAGGCCCUACGAGUGUCCUGAGUGUCAGAAGGGGUUUCGGAUCAGCUCCCAUCUGAUCCUGCACCAGCGGAUCCACACCGAGGAGAGGCCCUUCUGCUGCCCCGACUGCGGGAAGGGCUUCAAGCAAAACUCCCACCUUGUCACCCACCAACGCAUCCACACCAAGGAGAGGCCCUACGAGUGCUCUGAGUGUCAGAAGAGGUUUCACACCAGCUCCCAUCUCCUUCUGCAUGAGCGGAUUCACACCGAGGAGAGGCCCUUCCGCUGCCCUGACUGCGGGAAGGGCUUCAAGCAAAACUCCCACCUCAUCAGCCACCGCCGCAUCCACACCGGGGAGAAGCCCUACGAGUGUCCCCAAUGUGGGAAGAGCUUCUCCAGGAACUCUCACUUGACUGAACACCAACGGACACAUGAUGGGGAGAAGCCCUACAAGUGCUUGGAGUGUGGGAAGAGCUUCAGCCGGAGCUCCAACCUGAUCCGCCACCAGAUGAUCCACACUGGGGAAUGGCCCUACAAGUGUGGGGAAUGUGGGAAGGGCUUCAGCUGCAGCUCUGAGCUGAUCCGCCACCAGAUGAUCCACACUGGGGAAUGGCCCUACAAGUGUGGGGAAUGUGGGAAGGGCUUCAGGUGCAGCUCUGAGCUCAUCACCCACCAACGCACCCACACCGGGGAGAGGCCCUACGAGUGUCCUGAGUGUCAGAAGGGGUUUCGGAUCAGCUCCCAUCUGAUCCUGCACCAGCGGAUUCACACAGAUGAGAGGCCCUUCCGCUGCCCCGACUGUGGGAAGGGCUUCAAGCAAAACUCACACCUUGUCACCCACCAACGCAUCCACACCAGGGAGAGGCCCUACGAAUGCUCUGAGUGUCAGAAGAGGUUUCACACCAGCUCCCAUCUCCUUCUGCAUGAGCGGAUUCACACAGAUGAGAGGCCCUUCCGCUGCCCCGACUGCAGGAAGGACUUCAAGCAAAACUCCCACCUCAUCAGCCACUGCCGCAUUCACAAUGGGGAGAAGCCCUACAAGUGCUUGGAGUGUGGGAAGAGCUUCAGCCAGAGCAGCACCCUGAUCCGCCACCAGAUGAUCCACACUGGGGAAUGGCCCUACAAGUGUGGGGAAUGUGGGAAGGGCUUCAGGUGCAGCUCUGAGCUCAUCACCCACCAACGCACCCACACCGGGGAGAGGCCCUACGAGUGUCCUGAGUGUCAGAAGGGGUUUCGGAUCAGCUCCCAUCUGAUCCUGCACCAGCGGAUUCACACCGAGGAGAGGCCCUUCCGCUGCCCUGACUGCGGGAAGGGCUUCAAGCAAAACUCACACCUUGUCACCCACCAACGCAUCCACACCAGGGAGAGGCCCUACGAGUGCUCUGAGUGUCAGAAGAGGUUUCACACCAGCUCCCAUCUCCUUCUGCAUGAGCGGAUUCACACAGAUGAGAGGCCCUUCCGCUGCCCUGACUGUGGGAAGGGCUUCAAGCAAAACUCCCACCUCAUCAGCCACCGCCGCAUCCACACCGGGGAGAAGCCCUACGAGUGUCCCCAGUGUGGGAAGAACUUCUCCAGGAACUCUCACUUGACUGAACACCAACGGACACACCCCGGGGAGAAGCCCUACAAGUGCUUGGAGUGUGGGAAGAGCUUCAGCCGGAGCUCCAACCUGAUCCGCCACCAGAUGAUCCACACUGGGGAAUGGCCCUACAAGUGUGGGGAAUGUGGGAAGGGCUUCAGCUGCAGCUCUGAGCUGAUCCGCCACCAGAUGAUUCACACUGGGGAACGACCCUACAAGUGUCCUGAGUGUCAGAAGAGGUUUCGCAUCAGCUCCCAUCUCAUCCUGCACCAGCGGAUUCACACAGAUGAGAGGCCCUUCCGCUGCCCCGACUGCAGGAAGGGCUUCAAGCAAAACUCCCACCUCAUCAGCCACCGCCGCAUCCACACCGGGGAGAAGCCCUACAAGUGUCCCCAGUGUGGGAAGAGCUUCUCCAGGAACUCUCACUUGACCGAACACCAACGGAGGCACCAUGGAGAAGUGCCCUACAAGUGCUUGGAGUGUGGGAAGAGCUUCAGCCAGAGCAGCACCCUGAUCCGCCACCAGAUGAUCCACACUGGGGAAUGGCCCUCCAAGUGUGGGGAAUGUGGGAAGGGCUUCAGCUGCAGCUCUGAGCUCAUCACCCACCAACGCACCCACACUGGGGAGAGGCCCUACGAGUGUCCUGAGUGUCAGAAGGGGUUUCGGAUCAGCUCCCAUCUGAUCCUGCACCAGCGGAUUCACACAGAUGAGAGGCCUUUCCGCUGCCCCGACUGCGGGAAGGGCUUCAAGCAAAACUCACACCUUGUCACCCACCAACGCAUCCACACCAGGGAGAGGCCCUACGAGUGCUCUGAGUGUCAGAAGAGGUUUCACACCAGCUCCCAUCUCCUUCUGCAUGAGCGGAUUCACACAGAUGAGAGGCCCUUCCGCUGCCCUGACUGUGGGAAGGGCUUCAAGCAAAACUCCCACCUCAUCAGCCACCGGCGCAUCCACACCGGGGAGAAGCCCUACGUGUGUUCCCAGUGUGGGAAGAGCUUCUCCAGGAACUCUCACUUGACUGAACACCAACGGACACACCGAGGUGAGAAGCCCUACAAGUGCUUGGAGUGUGGGAAGAGCUUCAGCCAGAGCAGCACCCUGAUCCGCCACCAGAUGAUCCACACUGGGGAAUGGCCCUCCAAGUGUGGGGAAUGUGGGAAGGGCUUCAGGUGCAGCUCUGAGCUCAUCACCCACCAACGCACCCACACCGGGGAGAGGCCCUACGAGUGUCCUGAGUGUCAGAAGGGGUUUCGGAUCAGCUCCCAUCUGAUCCUGCACCAGCGGAUUCACACAGAUGAGAGGCCCUUCCGCUGCCCUGACUGCGGGAAGGGCUUCAAGCAAAACUCACACCUUGUCACCCACCAACGCAUCCACACCAGGGAGAGGCCCUACGAGUGCUCUGAGUGUCAGAAGAGGUUUCACACCAGCUCCCAUCUCCUUCUGCAUGAGCGGAUUCACACAGAUGAGAGGCCCUUCCGCUGCCCUGACUGUGGGAAGGGCUUCAAGCAAAACUCCCACCUCAUCAGCCACCGCCGCAUCCACACUGGGGAGAAGCCCUACGAGUGUCCCCAGUGUGGGAAGAGCUUCUCCAGGAACUCUCACUUGACCGAACACCAACGGAGGCACCAGGGCGAGAGACCCAGUCUGUGCCAGGAAAGUGGACAAAGCUUCAGCCAGAUGUCGGAGCUGGUGGUGAAUGAGCAGCUUCGUGAUGGGGAGAAGCCCUACAAGUGCUUGGAGUGUGGGAAGAGCUUCAGCCAGAGCAGCACCCUGAUCCGCCACCAGAUGAUCCACACUGGGGAAUGGCCCUACAAGUGUGGGGAAUGUGGGAAGGGCUUCAGGUGCAGCUCUGAGCUCAUCACCCACCAACGCACCCACACCGGGGAGAGGCCCUACGAGUGUCCUGAGUGUCAGAAGGGGUUUCGGAUCAGCUCCCAUCUGAUCCUGCACCAGCGGAUUCACACCGAGGAGAGGCCCUUCCGCUGCCCCGACUGCGGGAAGGGCUUCAAGCAAAACUCCCACCUUGUCACCCACCAACGCAUCCACACCAAGGAGAGGCCCUACGAGUGCUCUGAGUGUCAGAAGAGGUUUCACACCAGCUCCCAUCUCCUUCUGCAUGAGCGGAUUCACACAGAUGAGAGGCCCUUCCGCUGCCCUGACUGCGGGAAGGGCUUCAAGCAAAACUCCCACCUCAUCAGCCACCGGCGCAUCCACACCGGGGAGAAGCCCUACGAGUGUCCCCAAUGUGGGAAGAGCUUCUCCAGGAACUCUCACUUGACUGAACACCAACGGACACACCAGUAAGGGAAGGCCUGCAAAUGCCCUGACUGCAGGAAGAGCUUUGUGCACUGCUCCAGCUUCAUCCCCCAUUGGAGGACCAACGUUGGGAAGAGCCCUGGUGACCCAUGUUCCCUGUGAUCCAUGCUGGGAAGAAACCUGUCUGUUUUCCUGCCCCUGGCAAUGACAUGAGGUGGGCUCAAAGAACAUGAGGGUCUGGCCGUGGUGCUGUCAUAACAUUCACUCCCACCUCAGGUCAUUGCCUGGGGCAGGAAAGGGACUCUCUCUCUCUCUCUCUCUCUCCUGAGGAGGAGGGUGUCCUUUCCAGGUAGGAGGGAAUAGGUGGCUGGGAAGAGACAGUCGGUGGUGGUGUAGUUUUCUUAUCUCUUCUGUG